AUGAUUUUAAUUUGUUUGAAAAGAUGAACAAAUAGCUUCUCCUUCAAGGUCACAAGUUUUCUUCAUUCAUCCUUCAACAUUAAUAAGUUUCUCCUCUUCAAUAUAAUGCUCUACCUUCCUCUACUCUCUAUCUCUCACACUUAUUCUCUGAAUCCCGGACCUUACCCAUUCAAUGCCAUAGCUGUUGAAAAUUGAAAUCUUCAUUCAUUUCCCACCUACUGCCAUUUACUCCCAAGUCCCAACUCAGUUACACAGCACACAGCACACAAAACCCCAUAAACAAAGAUUUCCAUACUCUCCCACUCUCUCUCUCAAAAAGUGGCGUCUACCAGCUUCAACUCUCUUUCUUAAAUUCUCAGUUUCUCCCAACUUUAAACACUCGCCUCACCUCUCAUUAUUUCCACACUCGAACUCAAUCUCUAGUCUUUGAACUUAUCCAAUGCCACUAAAAAUGGGUUCUUGUAAAUAUUUCUUCAGUUUUAAGGAUGUGGUUAAACUUAAAAGAUUUUGGAAGCUAGAAUCAGUAUUCACGAUCGCGAUUUCUUUGUAUAAUUUAAGUAAUGAAAUCAGAAAUUCCCGUAGGUGGAACCAUUGCCACGAAUAUGUAUUCGCAAUGCUCGUGAUGGACAACCCAAAUGCAACGCGCGAAUACAGGUUAUGGUUCCACGCGCAUGGUCGUCGCAUCAUUGGUAACCCAGAACACCGCCAAGAUCAGGGUUACAUCCAAACUGCGGCGUCAUUAAAUGACACGAUGCAUUCUCUGAGCCAAAUGAACUUGGGUAUGGAAGAGGCUGGAGAUGAUCCGCAGCGUCAAUCGGACUAGUGGCGGGAAUACCGUGUGACCUUGCCUGCGCAUGUUGAACAAGCCGGGUACGAUUUUCUACUGGACUUCCCAAAUGAAAUGUACAAUGUUGAGCCAGUGGACGCACCUGUUGGUCCAGGUCGCCGAGAUCGACGACGUGAGCGAGACCAUUUGCGUGUUCAACCGCAACAGGGCGGGAGGCGUAGGCGUGUUAGGGUAGAUGAGGGCAUGGAUGCUCCGGCACCUGGAAUGCAACAUCCGGCUGCGGCGGACAAUGUUGUAGGGGGCAAUGUGGAUGCACUUGCACUUACAAUUGUCCCGGGACAAUUGUACGAUGGUAGCGGCGCGUUUCAAACGGAGGAUACACUUCAUUUGAUCAAACCGCUCAAUUCCCUCACCAGUCGCAGGGAUCGUUUGGCCAAAUUUUUGACCCCACCCAACCUUCCUCUUCUAGUUACCCCAAGCCCAAUAUCACCCACCAUACGGCUAUAACACAUCUGCAUACCACCCAACUCAGUUUGGUGAAGUUGGGGAAUCAUCUGCUCAGGUGGUUUGAACAUGGGACAACCAAUGCAGCCAAUAGACGACGACGAAGAUUUUAUAUCUUAUAUGCAUACCCCGCAUCAAUGGCUGUAAAUUUUAUUCUAGCUUGAAUAGUCAAUUAUUAUUUUCAUGUUUAGAUAUUGAUAAAUAAUUUCUCUAUUGCAAUA